UUAACAAGACCAAUUCAAUUGAAAUCAAAUCACCAUAUAUAAAUUAAUUGAUUUAUUUACUCAAUUGAAAAGAGCUGACACAGUUCUAAAAUCUUGCAAAAAUGAAAGAAAGAUCAAAACUCACAACAAGAACAAUGGCCUUCUUGCUCAUUAUCUUAAUUCUUUCUUUCAUAGUGAAUUCUCUUGAACUAGCUCAUUCACCAUCUCCUGCACCAAUGGGUGAAGAGCUAAUAAUGGCCAAAGAACUGAACCUGUACAGAGGAAGAGCAAGAAAGGCAAUGAGAGGAUCAUUUCCUGCUAGAUGCCAUUCAAAAUGCAACAAAUGCAGGCCUUGUAUGCCUGUUCAAGUAUCCAUAAGAGCAAUGGAGUUGAAAGAGAAGGAAUACUAUUAUCCCCAGGUUUGGAAAUGUAUAUGUGGGGAUGGCAUAUUCUCUCCUUAAUUUUGGGAUGUGAAAUAAUUAUUUCUAUGUAACAAUAAAAUACAAACUUAAGUUGUUGUUGAAUUUCUAAAUAUAUAAUAAUUUAUUAUAAAUAUUUUCAUA